AUGACAUUAUUGGGUAGUGUUGGAGAAUCAUACGAAGAACUUGCUCAAGCACUUCAAUUUUCUAAAGACAUAAAACUGAACCGCAAUACUCACGAGCAAUUCGGUGAAUUAUUACGAGCGUUAAACUCAGACAAUGUCUCUAGUAAAACUUUAUACGCAGAUGUUAUUUUUGCUGACAAGAGUUCUAAAUUGCGGCUCGAGUACAGAGAUUACUUAAAGAGGGUGUACGACGGUGACGCAUUGGGACUCGAUUUUAAGGAUCAACUAACAGCAAAAGAUGCCAUUAAUGAGUGGGUGAAAGACAACACACAGGGGAAAAUAUCGGAUUUUCUAAAAGAUAGCCUACCGGCUGCUACCAAAGUAGUCUUAUUAAGUGCAUUAUACUUCAGCGGCCAAUGGAAACAUCCAUUUUUAGUAGAAUAUACGCAGAAGUUACCAUUUAAUGCUCCAGUAGAAAAUACUGUCAUGGUAGAUCAAAUGCUGAAUAUAGGCAGUUUUCCAUACUUGUCUUCAUACUCUGAUGAUCUUCAUAUGAUUGCUCUACCAUAUAAUGAUAGUAUGACUACCAUGUAUGCGAUAAAACCUCGCCGUCCACGAAAACUGACUUUACCAGAUCUUUUGGAUAAAUUAGAUUAUUAUAAAAUCGAUGACUUAAUUAACAGAUUAUCAGAAAGAAAAUGUGUGAUUAGGUUUCCUAAAAUGGACCUUCAAAAGACUGAAAAAUUGGAAAGCUCUCUAAAAGCUCUUGGGAUUAAAUCUAUAUUCACACCAGGGCUUGCGAAUUUUGCCUUGAUGAUAGAUACGAAUAAAGUUGAAAAUAAAACCGAAGCAGAAUUAUUGAGCAGAAUAAAUACUGAUGAUGAAGAAACAUCCAGGUCUUUUAAAGAGAUAGUGAAUAGUCUCCCUAAUCCAGGAGUAUAUAUUAAUACAAUACUGCAUGAUGUAAAAAUAAAAAUUGAUGAAUAUGGCACUGAAGCAGUCGCCGCGUCAGGUGGUAUUUUAGCCCGCACUGCCGAACAAUUUUAUGCAGAUUCACCAUUUUUCAUAUUUAUACGAAAUGAAAGAACAAAAUUAGUGACUUUUAGUGCUGUUAUUUUUGAUCCAACAACAUGA